AUGGACAAGAUCACCGACAAGAUCGCGGCUCUGCCGCCCGAUGCCAACUACUUCUCCCUCGAGUUCUUCCCUCCCAAGACCCAGAUGGGCUUUGCCAACCUGCGAUCCCGUCUGGAGCGCAUGGCCCGGGCCCUGAAACCGACCUUCGUCAACGUCACAUGGGGCGCUGGUGGCUCGACGGCGCAGAAGUCCAUGGAGCUGGCCGAGAUCUGCCAGCGCGAGCUGGGCCUGACAACCUGCCUGCAUCUGACGUGUACCAACAUGAGCCGGCGACUCAUCGACAAGGCCUUGGAGGAUGCGAAGGUAUUGGGCAUAAGAAACAUACUGGCGUUAAGAGGUGAUCCGCCACGCAAAGAGGAGUACCGGGAUGAGAACGAAGAUGACGACGAGGGGGAUGACGAGUUCACGUGGGCGGUGGACUUGGUGCGCUAUAUACGGACGAACCACGGCGACCAUUUCUGCAUCGGUGUCGCUGCGUACCCCGAGGGCCACGCCGAUGAGAGCCACCCUCUGGGCCAGAGUAUGGAGCACGACUUACCGUCGCUGGUAGAGAAGGUCCAGGCCGGAGCAGAUUUCAUCAUGACCCAACUCUUCUUCGACAUCAAGGCGUACGACAAGUUUGAGAAGACGCUCCGUGAGCACCCAAGCGGCGCUUUCAAGGACACCACCAUUAUCCCGGGCCUCAUGCCCAUACAAAAUUACCAGAUGAUCAAGAGGACGACGAAGCUGAGCCAUGCCAGGAUACCCGACGACCUGAUGGCACGACUGGAAGACGUGAAGAAGGAUGACGAGCAGGUGAAGCAGGUUGGUGUCGACAUCCUGAGUGAGCUGGUCGAGCAGAUCAGGGAGAUAAAGAGCAGGACACCAGGACCAAAGGGAUUCCACUUCUACACUCUCAAUCUCGAAAAGGCCGUCUCUUUCAUUCUGGAGCGGACGGACUUGAUACCACCAGAGACACCUAGUGAGGAAGCGGUGAUGGACGACUUGAUACCCCUGGUGCCGAAGAUCGAAGUCAACGGCUCGGGAUCCAACCACUCCUCACAGCUACAUCUCGCUGUCGGUCACUCCUCACGCCGCCAGUCCAACGUCUCAUCCGAGCCGCGUAAUCGGGUCAUCAUCUCCGCCGAGAACCGCAACCCCUCAAACCCAGAGUACGAGGCCACGCAGCUAGAAGCAUCGCGACCCUUCGACCCAGUCCACAGCCGGGUUAACACCCUGGCCAUUUCGGAAGGCGAAGGAAUUAUGGGACGCGAGGCAACCUGGGAUGACUUCCCCAACGGGCGAUGGGGUGAUGCUCGCUCGCCGGCGUACGGCGAGAUCGACGGAUACGGCGUGAGCCUGCACAUGUCCGUGACCCAGGCGCAGAGGUUGUGGGGGGCUCCCAAAGCGGUAGAGGAUAUCAACACGUUGUUCCUCCGCCACCUGAGGGGUGAGCUUUCGGCAAUACCCUGGAGCGAGGAGGAAUUCAACGCCGAAACCGGGACAAUCAAGGAUCGGCUCAUCGAGCUGAAUACCCGCGGCUGGUGGACGGUAGCAUCGCAGCCUGCCGUCAACGGGCUGCGGUCUUCAGACCCGACGUUUGGGUGGGGCCCGGCAAACGGAUUCGUCUUCCAGAAGGCGUUCGUCGAGUUCUUCUGCCCUGCUGACGACUGGAAGAGGCUGUACGAGAAGUUGUCAAGACCCGAGAUGAAGGACAGCAUAUGGUUCUACGCGGCAAAUGCUUCUGGUGACUUCUUGUCGUCCGACUUCAGCGGCGGGCUAGACCUCGAGAUGAAGGAGGCGGGCACCAACGCGGUGACCUGGGGCGUCUUCCCCGGAAAGGAGAUAAUCACGCCCACGAUCAUUGAGGAGGUCAGCUUCCGGGCUUGGGCAGAGGAGGCAUUCGGCAUCUGGGGUGAGUGGGCGCAGGUCUAUGGCAAGGGCUCGGAGAGCUCAAGAUUCUUGGAGAAGAUGAAGAACGGCCUGUGGCUGGUGAACAUCAUCCACCACGAGUACAUCGAAAAGGAUGCGCUGUGGGAUCUCUUGGCGAGUUCAUAA